GUCUUUUUAGCGACUUACUUGAUUUUAAAUGACGUAUUAAUAUUGACAUUUUUGUUGUAUUGUGUAAUUUUUAUAAUUCAGUUUACAAUUCAUGUAUUUUUGAUAGCUUUUAUAUCAUGAAUAAUAUGUGUAAAAAGAAAGUGUCGAGAAAGGAGCUGCCACCUGAAUUCAGCACUUCAACUUUUAAAACAAUAAUGCGCAUUGAAGAGAACCCAAGUGUAUACGGUGUUGUUUAUUUUCGGGAUAAAUACGCUCAGCUAUGCACCGUGCCAGAAAGUAUGGCCGCCCCUUUGAUUUUAAGGCUGCCACAUUUCACUACAACCGCACAUCGAGCUGUAAUGGAAAUAGAUGCGUUAGACCAGUUGGUUGCAUACCGCAUAGAAACCUGUUGUCUGGAGAUCUCAUUGGUUAGGGACGAACAGUUCGCCGCAUGCGUUGUUCAUAAGAAGAAAGGAUCGUGUAAAAGCAAGAAGACAAAAAGAAAUCAAUAAGAAAACUCCAUCAUGAAGGUUCUAUCUAACUUGUUAAAAGAUUCAAGAGACGAAUGGCUGAUAAAUACAACGAUUUCCUUGAAUGCGGUUAAUCCAAUAGUCGAUAGGAUAAUGGAAGAUGAGUCGGUUGAAGGAGUUGUGAUGACUAACAAAGAUGGUUCUCCAAUACUAACAAAUAUAAACGUUAUGGGAGCAACUAACUACGGAAUCGCGAUGAGGAGGUUGGGGUUCAUGGCGCAAGCUGGCGUCAAAGAAAUUGAUCCCUUUGACGAAGUUUUAAUAUUAAGAUUAAAAACGCAAAAAUUGGAAGUUAUGGUCGCCCAUCAUUCGGAAUUCAACGUAAUAGUUUUACAGCAUUCAAGAGUAUCGAAGCUUAAGAAAGACGCCAGGUGGGGAAGGAAAGUCCUAGAAUGGAGGCCACGAACGGGGACCAGGAACGUGGGGCGUCCUCCCUCCAGGUGGACCGACGACUUAGUGCGCACGGCGGGAAGUCGUUGGAUGCGAAAAGCGGAGGACCGCAUUUUGUGGAAGAGCUACGAUGCCUCUACAGCUACGACGGUGUUGAAGCCUACGUGUUUGACUACGCCACAAUAAAACGUUACGUCAUAAUAAAAUACAAUCAACUGUAUGUUUUAUAACAUGUUUCGCGUCAGUGAAAACGCACAUUUAAGCUCCAAGUGUCAAUAAAAUAAAUGAAGGUCAAACAUUUUAA